UGGAUCGAGAGAUAUUUUUUGUUAAACAGAAGCAACUCAGGGGUGCCAUGUGAACGUUUAAAACACUGCGAGGAGUUUGGCCGUUUGGCCGUUGAACCAGAAGCAAAGCCAACUCGCCAGGUGCCAACUGUCCUUCACGUCGCCGUUGAAACGGCCUUUAUGCUCCUUCGCCUUUCUCUUCUCUUCUCCUCUCCUCCUCAUUCACCAUUCUCCCUUUCGUUCCUCAGUUCUAAUGGCGCGUCUUCUCUCAUGCUCCACUUCUCUCCAUCUCUUCAAUCCUCUCCCAACAACUGCAAUCUCCUCCAUUCACUCUUCUUCAAACCUAUUCUUCUCUCCCAAUUCUAACCGCUUCACCGUCCCUCGGUCGGAACGUUCCACUUUUGGUAAAGAGUUGCACGCUUUGUGCGGUGAAGGCGAUGGGAGGCUUCUGCCGCCUGUAGGAGAAAGCGUUUGGGCGGGCCAGAGAGGAUACCGGAAAGUGAGGAGGCGGGCGGUGCCGAAGAGUAAAGAUGCAGAGUUGGCGCUCAAUGUCAGCAUUUGCAUUGAAGAAGAGAUGCCUAAUGAUCCUGAAAUUUUGAGGAUAGCAGAAUUGCUUCGUCUUAACGUGCCAAUGGCAAUGAAGGUAGCGUUUGAUGGCUUAAAAGAUUCAGCUUAUAAAACGAGAGAUAUGGCUGUAAGUGAUGUUGGAGGAUACCAAAGUGUUGAGUUGUCUGUACUUCUUUGCAAUGAUAAAUUCAUUCGCAAACUUAAUAAGGAGUGGAGAGGUGAAGACCAUGCUACUGAUGUUCUCUCCAUGUCACAACAUGUUCCUGAACUCAAGCUUCCAGUUCUUAUGUUGGGUGACAUUGUCAUCUCUGUUGAGACAGCUGCACGACAAGCAGAGGAAAGAGGGCAUGCUCUUACUGAUGAAAUUCGCAUCCUCCUGGUUCAUGGUUUGCUGCAUCUUUUAGGAUUUGAUCAUGAGAUAAGUGAAGAGGCUGAAGCUGAAAUGGAGAAGGUGGAGGAGCUUCUGCUAAAGAGUUCUGGGUGGAAGGGAAAAGGUCUAAUUCAGAAUGCAUAUGAUGCUGAGACUACCAUGAAUCUUCAAACAGAAAAUUUAGAUGUUUCCAUGUUAUCAGGAAGGAAGAGAGAAGGCAGUCUUCAAUUCUAUAAACCAAAAUUCAGCUAUAUCUUUUGUGACAUGGAUGGAACAUUGCUGAACAGCAAAAGUCAAGUUUCCUUGACAAAUGCAAAAGCUUUGAAAGAAGCAUUGUCAAGGGGAAUAAAAGUGGUGAUAGCAACUGGAAAAGCCCGGCCUGCUGCAAUAAGUAUUUUGGAGAUGGUGGAUUUAGCCGGUAAAGAUGGUGUUAUCUCAGAAUUCUCUCCUGGAGUGUUUUUACAGGGGCUGCUUGUUUAUGGUAGACAGGGUCGGGAAAUUUUUAGAAGAAAUUUAGAUCCAAGUGUUUGCAGAGAGGCAUGCCUCUAUUCUUUGGAGCACAAGGUUCCUCUUAUUGCAUUCAGCAAUAACCGUUGCUUAACACUAUUUGAUCACCCGCUUGUUGAGUCAUUGCAUACCAUAUAUCAGGAGCCAAAGGCAGAGAUCAUGCCUUCAGUUGAACAACUCCUGGCUGCCUCUGACAUACAGAAGAUGCUCUUUUUUGACACUGCUGAGAGUGUGUCUACUUCAUUGCGGCCAUACUGGUUAGAAGCAACAGGGGGUCGUGCCAAUGUUGUCCAAGCUGUUCCGGACAUGCUUGAACUUGUUCCACGUGGAACGUCAAAGGGGAGUGGAGUAAAAUUGCUGCUUGAUCAUUUGGGUGUCACUACAAAGGAGGUAAUGGCUAUUGGUGAUGGGGAAAAUGACAUUGAGAUGCUUGAGUUGGCCUCUCUUGGCGUUGCCCUUAGCAAUGGAUCAGAGAAAACAAAAGCUGUGGCAGAUAUAAUUGGUGUCAGUAAUGAUGAAGAUGGUGUGGCUGAUGCCAUUUACCGAUAUGCAUUCUGAGCUUGCAGGUUCGAGCAUGAAAUUUAAAACAAAGAUCACAUUACAUGAUUUUUAUGAUCUGGGACUCAAAACAUCCCAAUCUUGAUUGUUGUUAUAUUGUUCUUUCUGAAGAAUGAUUAGGUGAGCAAAAUAGAGUAGAGGAAUUUUCUCUUAUUUAUUUAUUGAUUGAACGAAUAAAUAUGGCAUAACCGAUGGGUGAUCCUGUGAAGCAAGCAGGGUCUCUGAUUGGGUCAUCUGAAAUCCAAAUUCUGAAUACAAUUUAUCUCACUUCAUCAAAUGUAGUAUUUCAACUUAAA